GUAGGUUUGUAUUGACCUACUUUCUUGCCGGCGUGCAUCAAUUUCUGUUAAACCAGAAAAAAAUCUGUCCCAAAAAUGCCGUUUAAUAAAGCGGGGAGAAAGCGGUCCAAUGCACCAGAAGAAGGAGACCAUAUCACUCUGGAAAAUGCUGAGCAACACAUGUCACAGUUCAUCAGUUAUUACAAGGGAAUUGGAAUCAUACCAGAAGAAGAAUGGAAGCCAUUUAUGGAGUCGUUGUUCGAGCCAGUGCCUGUGACCUUUCGUAUUGGUGAAAGAAGUCGACGGUGUAUUAAUCCAUAUGAUGCAAGGCCGAAUACUGUCAGUGAGGCUGAGGUGUUGCGUGACUUUCUGAAGAAGGAGGUGAUCCCAAAAAUCUCUAACGUUGAGAUUGACAGCGAGAAGUUCAGGAUGACUGCCCUCCCCUGGUAUGCAAAGGAGAUGGCAUGGAAGACGAAUAUCAACAUGAACCAGUUCAUCACCUGUAAAGAGCUCCAGCCACUCAGGGACUUUGUAUUUGCUGAGGAGAAACUGCUGACAGUGUUUAAACAGGACAUCACCAGUAUGAUCCCGGUUUGUUUGGUGGACAUCUUGCCGGAACACAGGAUCCUGGAAAUGCGUGCAGCAACAGGCUUUAUGACUGCUAUGCUGGUGGAGAAACUCCUGUCAAAUCCCAAGAAAAUGCCUGAGGGUUUUCUGGUAGCCAAUGAGAAGGAUACUAGCAAGCUCGAGUACCGCUGGUGUCAGGGAUCCAAUGUUGUGUUCACCCAUCAAGACCUUGACAAAUAUCCAGACCUUUAUCUUACGCCAGAGCAUGAUCCAGACAGCAGGGUGUUAUAUCAUAGGGUCUUCCUUUGUGGAACAGCUUCCAAUGAUGGUUUGGUGAGGGUUAAUAAGAAAGCCAGAGGUACCUGGGAGGUCAACCAGGGUGUGAAACAUCAUGGUGAGCUUAAGAGACAGAUACGCCGCGGCUUGGAGCUGCUUGAGUUGAACGGACAACUGGUGUAUAUAACGCGAUCAAUGAACCCAGUGGAGAAUGAGGCCGUGGUGGCCGCCAUACUGAAUGAAGCCCCAGGGUUAUUGCAGUUGGUUGAUGUGAGCCACAAGGUGUCAGAGUUCCAUAUGCGCCCGGGCAUGACCUCUUGGAAGGUGAAGAGCCAGAACAACACAAUUUACGAGAGUUUUGACUCCGCCCCAGCCUGGAUUCAGAAGGAAUAUGAGGAAUCUCUCUUUACCCCGAGCAACGUGGAUGCUCUUAACAUUGACAGAUGCAUACGUGUGCUGCCCCAUGACAAUGACACUACAGCAUUGUUUGUAGCUGUAUUUUCAAAGCUUGGUGACCUUCCUUGGGAGAAACCAGUUGAAACGAAACCAAAAGUUGAGCAGAUGGACACUGACGGAGCCGCUGCUGAUACCGAACCACUAAAGAUGGAAUACAGGACACCUCUGCGAUGUGACGUGAAUGUUUGCGUAGCUGAGAUUGAGUAUACGGAGGAAAUCACUGAUGCGAAACUGAACACAAGUACCGAUGUGUACUCCACGACCUUCGAUUUGCCAGACAUGAACAUUUCUCGAUCGUGUAUCCCACUUUCCCUGCAGAAGAUGAUUAAGGAAAAGAAGUGUGGCUAUCAUGAAGUGGCACCUGAUAACAAAGACUGGAUUAAAAUUAGGGACCACUUUGACAUCAAGAGGUUUGAUGCCACCGCUAAUCUUCUUGAGUAUAACGGUGGCAAAACUUUCCCCACAUAUGUGUACUGCAGUCCAAAUGUGAAGAAACUGAUCCUUUACAACAAACAUGCUGUGGACCAUGAGAGCAAGAACGCCGGAGGCAUGAGUCUGAUGAAAGGAUCUUACACCGGCUCCUCUGAUCUCUACACGGGGGGUAUGACACUGCUAAUGCCAUAUGUGAACAAGCGACUGGUGAGCGUGCCCAAGUCCGACCUGGUCAUCUUGCUGCAGAACAAGGAUGUCUUGUUUGACAUGCUCAGCCCACAAACAAUGAAUGCCCUGAAGGCUAGAAAAGAUGAGCGAGGCAGCAUCUAUUUCUUCUCUGAGCCUAAGGGAAGAAAUCCAGACCCACGGUGCGUGAUUGUCAUUCGUCGUGAGAAGUUCUGUGGCUACAUCAGACAGUCAUACAGUCGUUUCACCAAUGAGGACAGACACUGCCUCAGGCUUUGUGGCAUUGUACCAGCUGCGGAGCAGCAGGAGGAAGAUAUGCAGACAGAGUAGACUUAUUCUUCCAACACCAUUUGGACAAUUUUCAAAGACUUUGUAUAUACCAUGGACCACGUCUUACACACACCACACGGAUCACAUUGUUGUAGAACAACAUAGACUUCCAUGGACAUUUUGUCAUGUUCUUUUGGAUCUUAUUGCGUAUAUGUAUAAUCUUGGGCUAUCAUAUUUCCAUUAUAUGGUGGUUGAUGGAAUUUAAAUCAUGUGUUUUUCAUUGACGUUCAAUGAAUUUAUGCUCUUGGACCAUCGACAUUCCAUGCUUGGAUAUCAGUUUUAUUAAAUUAGACCAUAAUCAAUCCAUGCUGGGUAAUCAGUUUUAGAUGCCAUUUUAUGAUGUUUGACCAUCAUCGUACCAUGAUUUGUAAUCAGUUAAAGACUCAAAUGUAUAUAAUCAUUGACCAAGAAUCAUUUCAUUGACAUUCACUGUAUAUAAUCUUAUCCCCUCAUCAUAGAUGCACCAAACCUGUUAAGGGAUUUUGUUUGUGUUUUCUGUGUACAUUUCAGUGGCCAUAGAUGACUGUAGACUUACCUUAUUUGUUUUUCUUUCGAUGUUUUUGUGAAUUUAUUAAUGAUCAUGAAACUUAACCUUAAUGUUUAAUGUAGGCAUACUUUGAUUUCAAGAGAAAAUCAAUAAAGCAAGAACUUAUUUAUUGUCUUGUACUAUAACAACAGUUUAAUAAAAGCUCUGAAUUUAGAAAAACAGAAAUCAAGUGUUGAUUGUUUUGAUUACUAUUGUCUUGAUGGCAUAAUUCUGAUUUCAUUCAUUAAUCAUAUCACUUUUCCUUUUAUCUUUUAUGAGUACAAGUUUGAUCAAACAAUGAUUUCCUACAUGUAUAUACAUGUCAUUUACUUGAAUCUCCCUUUUUAAAACGACUGACUUACAUGUAUGCUUACAUCAAGGUCACAAGUGAAUGAAAACAUUAAGUACCGGGGACAUUGUACAUCAAGGUCACAAGUGAAUGAAAACAUUAAGUACCGGGGACAUUGUAGAUUUUAUAAAUACGAUUUUUGUUAUUAAGAAAUCAUGUUUUAGUAUUGAGAUAAGUUGCUUACUGUCGGGGAUAUUUUCAAUCCAAUGAUUAUUUUUUUUAAAUGAUUAAUCACUCUUUGUAUUUGUGUUAUUGAUUAAAUGUUUUGAAUACACUUUAAACACUGCAAGUGAUCAUUCUUUCUGUUUGAAACACUAAAUCAAUUGUUAUCAAGAUUUAUAUCUUUUUUCGUGAUUUUGUACUUCCUGUGUUAUUUUUUUUCAAAACUAAUAUGUUGUUGAUGUUGUAUUCUGUUUUUGCUUCAUUUUGACUAUUCUUUGUGUCUACCAUUUUAUGAGAAUAAAGAGUCAACUUAAUAAAUGUUUUAUUGUGUGUGGACAGAAUCAUUUCCAUCGGUUAAAAUAACUCUGCAGGCUUACCUUUAUCGUAUUAUGCUAUGCAGACUUAAAAUAAAUCUUAUUUUGGA